CGUUGCUCCAAUGAUACAAAGUAUUUCAGUGGGGAAAAAGAAGGUCACUUUCAAGCAUGUAGACCUCGAAGUGUUCAAAAAGAAGCAUUGCCUUGAAUUUUUUGAUGUCAAAUUCUUUGCGCCAGAUGACGAUCUUUCCUAUGAUAUGAUUGUGAACUAUAAGUACGAUGAGUUUCACUUGCUGACUACUAUAGGAGCCUUCGAGGCGGGUCUGAUGCUGCCCUUGUAUAAGUCGGGUGAUUCUUUUUACUAUGACGUUCUGGCUGAUCGCGAAGGUUCCACCGACAAUACUCAUUGUCGUUCAGUGGUGCAGCUAAGUGGGAACUAUCUUCGGACCUUGAGGGAGUGUUAUCUUCGUAGUCAUGGUGAAACGACGAUGACCUGCUAUACUCCCGAUCUCGCCGAGAGAGACAUGUACACUCCUGCAAACUUUAAUGCCUCCUUUGGGAAUUAUGUCAACAGUAGGAACCGCAAUCCUUGGAGUGCAGGUCUUCGUUCAAUUCAUGCUUCUCGUGGUGAAGUUCAUCUCUUAAGUGAGGUGAGUGAUUCAAAGCUUCGCUACGUUCCUGGUACCGAAGGGACUUCUCAGCAGAAACUCUUUCCUAAUUGUGAAAAGCUCAAACGUGAUCAUGACUAUGAGUGGCAUGUCACCGUUAUUGAAGUUCUCGGUCCUUGGGCUUACGACUGGGUACCUGGUCCGCGGGGCUGGCGUCCUACCGCUGCUAGUCAACCUCGUGAUAGCGCUCCCGCUCGCUAUGGUGACUUCUGCCCCUGGCGGUUGAACUUCGAUGACAUGAGUUUCGAAUAUGCCAUUGACGCUGCUGACGAAGAUGAAAGCUCCGAUGUUGUCCUUCCUCCGAAGGGUUAUGCCGCUGCUAAGACAAAGAAGAAAAAGAAGAUUGGCGCGGUUCAGUCUUCUACUGCCCCUGCGGAGGAGGCAGACUUUCAGGAUGAGGUUAACAGCCCCGUGAAUGAUGAAAAUGUUGAGGACGAAGAGGAGGUUACCGAUGACGAGGAACGAAUAGAGACUUCCCCUCCUAAUCAUGAGAAGGAUGCAAGCAAUGACGGUGGUACCCACGAAGAGAGAGUUACGCCUGACAUUCCGAUAAACGAUACCCCUAUUGGAUCGGUGCAAGACCAGGGGAAUGGGGAUGCCGAGCCUCAGCCAACAAAUCCUGCCCCAGAAUUUUCUUUUGGUAAGAUUCAUUCCGCUGGGGGUCAGAUGGAUAUUAACGCUGCCAUGGGACUAGCUGAGGAGUUUUCUUUGCUUUUGACGAAUGAUGACUGGGAUGUUCUUGGGGACGAAGGUGAGAAAACCGUUGGUGGGGUAGGAACCGAGGCUGGUGGAGAAAAGGCAGCUGGAACCGGUGAUGAAGAGGCUGCUGGGACCGGUGGCGAAAAAGCAGUUGGUCAAGAGGGAAAUUUGGGUGGUGAGGGCGAUGAAACUCGUGUUAAUGAGGAGGCCAGGUACGAGAAGUGUUCAGCUGGUCUAGGGGACGUGGCUGAUAUUGGAACUUCCGAUGGUCCAUCUUCGGAGGGUUUUGAUAGAUCCCUGAUGCAGGAUGGUGAUGAAGAAAAAUCUGAUGUUUGUGUCGAACCCUGCCCCAGUGAUACCCGGUGAGAAAAACUCUUAUGCCUUUACACGCCAAAGGAUGCAGUUGUCGUCUCCCGAUGACGUUGCUGAAAGUUGGGAGAAGGAAUUGGGAGCUACUUCUACCAGCUUACUGGUCGAUCCCCCUUUUUCUGUUCCUGAAAUGAUGGUCAUCGCUGAUGGGUACCAGUAUGGUUAUCCCCAACAACGUAUUCUUGAAAUAAUGAGAAGUGAACAUUGCAACAACACUCUGUACCAAUUCUUCAAGGCGGAGGCCCUCAAGCUUGAGGCGAAGCUUCGUCAUAGGGAAAAAGAGUUGAACGAUGCUGAAGUGCUUAUUGCUGCUAGGGACAAGGAGAUAUUGGAGUUGAAGAACCGUAUGGAGGGGAAGGAGCAGCUCGGAGCCGAAGAGGAGAAGCUUCGUGUUGAGCUUGCAUCGGUUCGUAGUGAGUUGGAGAAGGCCCAAAAAGAUGUUUCGUCUUCUAAAUGUUUGUUUUCUUUUCCUACUCUCCUCUUCGUCUCUCCCUUCCGUCUUCUUAAUGUGUUGUCUGAGUCUCCCCGCCCUAUCUUCAGCGGGUGACACCAGAGAAUUGAUAUGGCUUCGGAAUGAGAGGACUCGGCAAACUACCCGGAUCAGAGAAUUAGUUGAGAAAAUUAAACGUGAAGCCGAUAAAUGGAACGCUCGGGCCGAUGAGCAUAAUACCCUAGUAGUUGAGUGGCGAGAAAGGCGGACCCAAAUGGUUGAUAUGGAGAAUAGUUACAAUAUCGAUCGUCGUCAGUUUAAUGACACUUUGUUGUGGACUCGUGAGAACCUCCGUGUUGCUCGUGAAAAUGCUACUAGCUUGGAGGCUAAGGUGACACACUAGGAAGAAAAAUUACUUCAAGCUCGUUCGUCCCAUGAUCCUGGAGUGAAGGAACAUAUACAAUGGCUUGUUCGGGAGAGAGACGACGCCAGAGCUGAGGCUCAUGCCCUUAGUAAUGCUUUAACCGCUUCUCGGGCUGAUGUUGCUCGUUUAGUGGGUUCUGAAAAAGAUCUCGAAGUUAACAUGUACAGGAUUACUAAGGGCAUAGAAGAGAUGAAUAACGAAGUCAACCACCUUCGCCAUUUGGACUCCAUGAAGCAGAGCUCGAGAGACAGCUUGACCUCACAAAUGAAAGGCUUGAAAAGGCUCAAUCUGCCCUAGUGCAGCAGCAAGGUCAGACCAACAAUUACGAAGGGUUGGCUAAGUCUCGGGAUGAAGCGGCGAAGGAGGCGGCUAAGGAGGUGACUCGUCUGACAUCUGCGCUAUCACAAUCUGAGCUGAAGACCAGCGUGAUUACUUAUAAAUCCCACUGCCAGCUUGCCGAGGAGUUUAACAAGACUCUGUCUAAAAUUGAGCAAGGUAUUAAGAAAUAUUAUGGUAUUGUCAAGGAGUAUCCUCGUCGCCCAAUGCCCGAGCCCUUAGCUUAUUUUUCUGGUCCUUCGUCGGGUGGGAGUGUUCCUUCACCUCAGCAGAAAGCCGCUGAUAACGCUGGGUCUUCUAUAGGGAAGUAGGGUCUCAGUCGCAGGCCGUUGAUCUUUGUUGAUUACUUGGCUUCGAGCCAAUUUUUGUUGUAUUUUGUGUUUUUUGCUUGACUUC